CGUGGUGGUCCUCCACCUCCCAACAAUCACCUGGAGAGUGAGUGGCUGUUAGAGAUGGAGCGUUGCUCUCUGCCUGCGCCUUUAAGGCUGCAUGUGGUCCACAUCUCACUGCUCCCAUGGCAGGCUCCGGAGGUGCACGCUUUCAAAGUUUGACUGGGGAAUAGAGGUAACAGUGGAGACGGCAGCAGCAUCGCUCCAUCGGGGGCGAGGUGGAGGAGGUGGUGGAGGAGGAGGAGGAAGAAGAACAAGAAGAAGAAGAAACAACAACAGACACAAGGCAGUCCUCAUCAUCUAAAGGGAGGAGAGGAGAAGGGGGUGAAAGGGGGAGAGAAAAAAAAAAGAGGACCGCUGCUCGAGUCCGACACCGGCGAUAAGAACAAUGCGAGAGAUGACUGAGCGGAUUCUCUAAAUGAAAAGCACAGGAAGGUGAAUGUAACACAGUGUUUGGUGAAAGGAGCGACUCCAGCCUGCAGACCCCCCACCACCACCUCCACCACCAACACCACCUCCACCACUAAUACCACCUCCAACACCACCCGCCCCCCUCAGCCAUGCCGCUGGUCUUCCGCACGCUGUUGUUCGGCUUUGUAACGCUGCUGGUUGUGGUUUUGAUCAUAGAUGAUAUCGCAGAAGUGGAGGAAGAAACUGCAAACAAUGGACAUUCAAAGAAGACCAACUUGCACCGGAUCCUCCCUAAACUGCACAGAAAGGCUGCAGAACACGUGGACCCGACUGCUUUGACAAGACUGAGCAAAGAUGCAAAUCAUCUUGGCCCGAGCUACAAUAACACUGCCAAGCUCUACUCCAACAGCUGGACGUUCAACAAGACCCUCUCCAACCUCAUCAGGAAGAAUAUUUUGAGAUUUCUUGAUCCGGAGCGAGACAUCUCUAUUCUGAAGGGCACGCUGAAGCCAGGAGAUAUCAUCCACUAUGUUUUUGAUCGCCACAGCACCACAAACAUCUCACAAAAUCUCUACCGUCUUCUGCCAACUGUAUCCCCCAUGAAGAACCAGCAUCACAGGCGCUGCGCCAUCGUGGGAAACUCUGGGAUCCUGCUGAACAGCAGCUGUGGAUCCGAGAUUGACUCUCACGACUUUGUUAUCAGGUGUAACCUGGCACCGGUGGAGGAAUACUAUCGGGACGUGGGUUGGCGGACCAACUUGGUGACCAUGAACCCAUCAGUGGUGCAGCGAGCCUUCCAGGACCUGGUGAGCGAAGAGUGGAGGGAUCGCUUUUUGAAGCGCCUUCAAAGCCUCAGCGGCAGCGUGCUGUGGAUCCCAGCCUUCAUGGCCAAGGGCGGAGAGGAACGAGUGGAGUGGGCCCUUCGUCUCAUCCUGCUGCACACUGUGGAUGUACGCACCGCCUUCCCCUCGCUGCGCCUCCUCCACGCUGUCAGAGGGUAUUGGCUGACCAACAAUGUGCACAUCAAGCGUCCGACCACCGGGCUCCUCAUGUACACGAUGGCAACUCGCUUCUGUGAGGAAAUCCAUCUUUACGGCUUCUGGCCCUUUCCGCUCGACCCGCAGGGAAAACCGGUCAAAUACCACUACUACGAUACUCUUAAGUACGAGUACACCUCCAGCUCGAGUCCUCACACCAUGCCUUUGGAGUUCAGGACCCUGAGCGCAUUGCACAGACAGGGGGCGCUGCAGCUCCACACCGGGAGCUGUGAUGUGGAGAAGAGACCACAGAAGUCGCUCCAGAGCAAAUAGCUUAAAGGGAGAUCUCCAUGGAAACCACUCUUUUGACUGUUGCCGUACUUUUAUGAAACUUGACUUAACUUAUUUUCGUCAACUGGAAUGAACUUUUUUUCUAUUUCGGGCUCUUUUUUUGUGACUUGUUUGACUGCUGUGUUUUACUUUUUAAUGAGAUUUCUAUGGCAACCUUAAAAAUAACGAGACCCUUUUUUUCUUUUGUUCAUGGAGAUCCUGUCGAGUCCAUCUGUUUUCUUUUGAAUGUUGAUUUUAGACGAUUUGAAGCACUCACAUAUUUUCACUAUAAGUUUCAGGAUUCAGAACACAUAUUUGUGUUUUCUAAAUGAAUCAUGAGGUGCCAUGAAUUAAUAUCCCCAAUUUAUGGUACGAUAGGGCUCUAUUAAUAAUGUAUUAUAAUAAUUUACCCAGCAUGUUGGCAGCAUGAGGAGCUGUUAGAUUAAUGGCAGUUGUGAGGCACUCGUUGGGCCACAAGAUGGAAGCACUUAAUAAUCAGGGAGGCUGUUGAAAAAAGGUUGGUAAACUGUUUGAAACAUUGUUUUUUGAUAAGAUAAACCCUUUUUGAUUAGAAUGUUUUAAAAGCUCCACUUUUGAUAACACGUUUUCCUCUGAUAGAGAACAUUUUUGUAGCUUCUUAUAAAGCACCUUCAACUGGUGUUUCCCAGUAAAACAGGUAAUUCAUAAGCAGUCCAGUCAACCAGAACUGCCACCUGAUAAGGUUAGGUUGCCUUGAGAGACAAGUGAACGGGUGGUAACAUGCAGUUACUGUGAGGAUAAAGGAGUGUACCGACUGUUCACAUAAGAAUGUUUGCACAAACUUUGCAGAGGGUAAACUCACUUUGUUUCUCACCACAGCCCUGUUUCUGCGCUGGAAAUGUACUCGGUGAGCUCAGACUGUAGUAUAUGUGUGUGUGUGUAGUGUUAGGAAGUAAGAAGAGCUUUAGCUUUUUAUUUUAAAUGAAUGUAUUGGUGAUAUUCUUACAAACGCUGUAAGACAUAAGCCUCAUAAUGUGCUUUAAAUGAAUUCCUAGUCACCGGUAGCAAAAGUUUCAAUGCAGUAACACUGGAACUGACAACUUGAAUGCCUUUUAGUCAUUUGAAAUAAUGUACUCGUACAGUGUGUUUGGAUUGGUGUUCAACCAGUAUAGGUUGAUUUGUACAUUAGAUGGAAGCUGCCAGUAUUUUGUGCCUAUAAUCAAUAAAUUUGACCAUUUAAAAAUGGGUAAA